AGACAGACAGAAGCUCAUCUCAGAAGUCAUUCCACUUCCCGGCUCAUCUUCGUUUUCUCUUCAGAAGAAAAGGGCAAAGCCUCAUUGUCCUUCUCAUUCUAGUUAACUGCUUAUUGUUCCUGAGAGCAAAAAACCCACAAGCCAAUGUAAAGAGCGAGCAAUCAGAUCAUGUAUAAGAACCAACUGCAAGAACUUGCGCAGAGAAGCUGCUUCAACCUCCCUUCUUAUGCCUGCAUCAGAGAAGGGCCAGAUCAUGCUCCGAGAUUCAAAGCUUGUGUGAACUUCAAUGGCGAAAUCUUCGAAAGCCCGAGCUACUGCAAUACGCUGAGGCAGGCAGAGCAUGCGGCUGCAGAAGUAGCCCUCAAUGUCCUCUCCACAAGGGGUCCUUCAAGAUCUCUCACUGCAAGAGUCCUUGACGAGACGGGGAUCUACAAGAAUCUGCUCCAAGAAACGGCUCACAGGGCAGGCCUGAACCUGCCUGUGUACACGACCGUGAGAUCAGGCCCCGGUCAUGUUCCCACCUUCACUUGCACUGUGGGGAUUGCUGGGAUGAGCUUCACUGGUGAAUCAGCCAAAACAAAGAAACAAGCUGAGAAGAAUGCAGCGAUCGCAGCCUGGUCUGCACUCAAAACAGGUAAAACACUAGUGCCAGACCUGAGUUCUUUGAGGCCCAGAGAUGAGGCUAAGCAAGGGAUCAGGAGGAGGGAUCAGAACCAACCAAGAAGAGGAUUGAUCAGGGCUAAUGCAGUGAACCACUCUGCUUCCCCGUCCACAAGCCUUCAAUUGCACAGGCUCUUGGAGGAGUUGCUAAUGAAUUACAUCCCACAAGCACAAGGUGGUCCUUCUUCUUUCUCAUCGUCGUCGUCAUCUUCACAGAAGCAGAGUUGCUUCCUGUCUCUGCUUCCGCCACCCCCACCAAGAUCAGCUUCAAAGAUUCUACCACCACCAAGAGAUAAUCGAUGGGAUAAGGAACAAGACUGCGGGAAGAGACCCAUAGGGUCAAGUAUUUACCCAAGUCCAAAUAUUGUCAAUAAACGAAAUGAUCAUCCGAAGCUUGCAAGACCCAACUCCUCAUUGUCAUUCCUUGAAGGGACUAGCAGAGAUGGACAUCAUGCCCACACCAGAAAUGGGUCCGGAUUAUGCCCACGAUCCGUUUACACAGGCGGAUUCCGCCCACACCGGAUCGCCCCGGCGGUCCAGAUCCGAUCGGUCAUUCCGGUGUGUGCAGCGCCACCAGCACCAUUGAUGAGGACACAACUACCAAUUUUGGCAGAUGAUCCCUUGUGUCCACAAACAGGGCUAGAGAUUCCACCAACCAGCUCGAACCCGAAGUUGGACAAGCUUGUGCUUGAGCCGGACUCGGCUCAACUCGGUUCGGAGCUGAACAAGAAGUAACAGUUGGAAAGAAAAUCUAUAUAAUAUCUAGUUUGGACCAUGGUAGGUAACUUUAUGGAUGUCGAUUGUCCCCUGUAUUCAUUUUUCUUUUGUUGUUCUGAAGGGAUCGUUUUUGACUCCGAGCGUGAUCCUGCGGUCAUUGGCUAUAUUACCCUAUGGUCAUAUUUCCAGGAAAAUGGCGGGUGGAUCAAUCUUCUUUCUUUAA